CCCCGAUCUAUACAUAUCUCUAAUAAUUUGCGAUGAAAACGUCGAUCGUUAAGCUCUAUAUUAAAGUCGAGUCGUAUUAAUAAAACAUACCAAGUGAGUUAUAUACUAGAUCUAUUUGGAAAUGCAAUGUAGUUAAGGAUUGUCCCAAAAUAUUGUGUCAGCCCAUGGAGGUAAAAAUAGAUACACGUAAUGCGGAUAUUUAUGAAUGAAGUGUUUAAGAUGCCAUCGUCAGGUAGUUGUAGAAUCAUUGAUAUGGAUUAGCAAUAAUACGCCACUAAUUUACGAGUGAUGGAAUAUAACUUCGAUGGAUUGCAAAUACGUCAACGCGGACAUGUUUUCAUACGGCGAGGAGGACAAACGAGUGUUCAGAAUCGAUUCAAUACUCAAAGAAGAAGGUGCAUAUGUAUUGCGACAUUGCCUUGCCAACCAACUAGGCGGCCAGGCGCUUACACUAGUCCUCAGUCAGCCAUCAAUCAGUGCGAAAAUAGGCAGCGCACAGAAACGCAAAGUUAUCAAUAAAAUGCAAUAUGAUUUACUUUAUCCGAGUGGGGGCCCAGUUGACAUCAGCACCUUUGACGUUACAUUACUGGCGUUUUUGUUGAGGGAAUUACACCCAACGAUGAACAGCGCAAGCAUGGUUUGGAUUAAUCCAAAUCCUGGAGAUUUUUCCGAAGAAGCGGAUGUCACUAGGUUGAGAAUGUUUCGAAACAAAUUCGUUCACGAAGGGUCUUCCAAACUUUCAGAAAAAGAAUUUAGCGCCUUGUAUGUAGAGUUACGGGAUGUUAUCAGUCGUUUGGCCCGAAGUAGUGGAUGCAUAGACUUUUCCGCCAUGGUUGAUCGUCUUGAACAAAAGAAGGUCGGCCCCUUCGAAUCUUUCGAAAGGAAACCCGCAGUCAACGAUCAGUCCACAAGCGUUUCCAGUAGCUUGGAAGAAAACAUUGAUAACUGUGGACAUGAAACCAUUGUUGGCAAACCAGAGUUUCAUGUUAACAAUGUUAGUGCUAAUAAAGAUGGCCUUGAGGGCAAGUGUCGUUACCAUGAAGUGGAGGUCAUAGACCCAGCCGGUUCUUUUGUGUCCUUUCAAGGCUCAGACUCAACAAUUUAUGAAACCCCAACUAUUGGUGACACUUUAUUGACGCCGCACACAAAGGAUGUCGGUACAAGCACGUGCAAUUUACAACAGAAGCGAAAGUUAUCAAACAAGCUUAGUGACGCUAUUAGGCCCUUUAUCCGCCCACCGCUUAAAGCUAACGAAAACGAUCUCUCGAAAAGCAGCGUUCCUUUACCAAUUCGAAUCAAAACAAAAACAAAAGUUCGUCGAAAUUGGCCAAAAUGGUUAUGUCUUUCAUCGAAGUCUAGAUUUCGUGAACAUUCCUCUGUCGUGUUGCCCUGUCAUUCCGAUCGAAGCCCUUUAAGAUGUCAAAUAACAGGAAUGGUCUGUAAUAAAAAUGGACAACUCAUCAUCACCGAUUGUGUUCAUAAUUCCGUGCAAGUCUUUGAUGCUGCCGACAUGUUUCUGGAUGAAUACAAAUGUCCGCAGCCUUCCGGUGUAUGCCUGAUUUUCCCGGAUUUGGUUGCUGUUAGCCUGCGAAUUGGCUCGUGCGUAGAGCUGUUAAGAUAUGAUCUCUUACAACAAAAGCUUCACUGUGUUGAACGUAUACAAUUGAAAUGCGACCUUAAACAUUAUGAUAUGAAAUGUGACGAUAGCUACAUUUACAUACUGUGCGAAAAUGGAUCUCUCCAUAGGCAUUACAUUCAUAAAAUUAGAAAACCUGAAUGUGGUUUUAUUCGGCCAAGUGGCAUAACUGAGAAAGUGAAUAGCUUCGACUUGUGUAAACAUUUCUUUUAUUUGUCAACGAAUGAUGCCAUCUACUGUAUAGACCAAUUAGGCUCUCGUGUCUGGACCUACUCUCCGUCACGUAGAUCUGGAGAAACACGACAGAUGCGGUCUUUUGAAGGUCUUACCGUCACCAACAAUUGCCUGUACGUAGCGCAGUGGGCUAGGAACUCUAUUCUUAAGAUGUCGCUUCGAGGUGAUUUCCUGGCGGAAGUAGAGGUACCCACUGUAGCAUGUCCCUUUAAGUUGACUUCCGCCGGACGUAAACUCUUGAUAUCCCAGUAUUCCUCCGAUCUGGAACGCGAAGCUUGCGGGACCAUUGUUCAGCUCAAACGUCGAAGGUUCUAAACUCACAGAUAAAUUGGACCUGUAGGACCUUAAAGGCAUACAUGGUUGUAACAGAUAACUAUAUAUAGAAUACUAGGUCGGUGCCGAAUGAAGCAAAGUUUAUUUUGCGAGGCUUAGAAAAUCUGAACCACGAGCCUUGGCGAGUGGUUCAGAUUUUCGUGCCGAGCAAAAUAAACUUUGCUUUAUUCGGCACCGACCUAGUAUUCGAUUUAUCCCAUCAAUUUUCUUAGUCGUAAAUUAUUUCUUUAAAAAUAAAAUAGGAAAAUCGAACUAGGGCCUACACGGAAAAUCCCAAAGUUAUUUUAAGCAAACGUUGUUUCAUUAUUUUAAUCGUGCCGAGCCUAAUACAUUACAAAAAGAUCAGUAACUAACCUGUUUUUCUGUUAAGCAUACCUCUACGUCUUCGAUUUUUAAGAAAUAAUUUAAAAAAAAACACUAAACAACUGCAGCUUUAGCGUGAAAGAACAUGCAUUGUGUCGUAUGACAUGUUAAUAAUGACGUCAUGAGUACGCGCACUUAAUAUUUGUAAAUAAUGUUUGUUUUGCUUUUUGAGUUGCAUUAUGUGUUUAAAAUAUAUUACACCUUGGUAUCAAAUUGUUUGUUUUGUUGAAUCUGAUUCGAUUUUACUAAAAAUGAUAACUUUAUAGUUGAUUCCGAGUAAUAUGAAAAUUCUUCGCCGCGCGUGACAGCUAUAUUUCAGCACUGCUGAAAUAGAGGAAAAUUUAUUCCACAGUGGUUUAUUUCUACAAUGCACGUUUGAUGAUGGGAUAAAUCGAAAUAUUGAUCGAUCUAUUAUUGUAAAUACUCAAUUGCUCUUUUGUUUUGAAAGAGUUUGGCAUAAUGACCGACUGUGCCUCGUGUUAAUUACACUGUUUGAGUGA